GGGGCCACGCCAUUCGGGCACGGGCGGCGGAGGGGACGCGCUGGUGCCGCGAUGGUCUCCUGGAUGAUCUCCCGGGCCGUGGUGCUGGUGUUUGGGAUGCUGUAUCCUGCAUAUUACUCAUACAAAGCUGUGAAGACAAAAAAUGUGAAGGAAUAUGUCCGCUGGAUGAUGUAUUGGAUUGUGUUUGCUCUUUAUACAGUUACUGAAACAAUAACUGACCUAACAGUCUCUUGGUUUCCACUGUACUAUGAACUGAAGAUAGCUUUUGUUAUCUGGCUUCUUUCACCAUAUACUAGAGGGGCAAGUUUAAUCUACAGAAAAUUUCUUCACCCACUUCUUUCUUCUAAAGAAAGGGAGAUUGACGAGUACAUCGUACAAGCCAAAGAAAGAGGCUAUGAGACCAUGGUGAAUUUUGGAAGGCAAGGGUUGAAUUUGGCAGCAACUGCUGCAGUGACAGCAGCUGUAAAGAGUCAAGGUGCCAUAACUGAGAAACUGAGAAGUUUCAGUAUGCAUGAUUUGACUACUAUACAAGGAGAUGAGCCAGUGGGACAGAGACCGUAUCAGACAUUAUCAGAAUCAAAAAGGAAAACCAGAGCCUCUGCAAGUGAAUCUUCAGGUUACAAAUCUCCGCUGGAAAAAAGUCCUGGAGAAGAUAAAACAGAUGAAGAGAUGGAGGGAACACAUUCAGAGGAUGAAAUGUUUGCUCAGAGAGGCCUUCGAAGAACUCAGAGCAUGAAAUCUGUGAAAAGUAUUAAAGGCCGUAAAGAGAUACGGUAUGGAUCACUGAAAUACAGAGUAAAGAAGAGACCCGCUGUAUACUUCUAAGUGUAUUGCACAGUGCCUGCAAGACAAACUGCUGUAUUAUAAUAACUUGAAUUCAGUGUGUCAAGUGAUAAAGAUCUGUGUAUGAUUCAUAUGAUGACUAUAUGAAUAGAUAUGGUAGGACUUGGUUUUAUGAACCUAAAGGGUCAGAUGAAGUGUUACUCUGCUUUUGUGUAACUGCUUGUUGCUUAGACUUAAAUCUGGACAAGUUGUAAUAUGGAUUUCAGCACUUCUUAAAUGCAGGUUAAAUGAGUAACAGGAAACAGUCUUUUUCCAGAGAUACUGAACACAGAAAAAUAAUUACAACUCCAAAUGAAUUAGCAGAAGUUGUAAAUAUUUGGAACUUGUAAAAAUUGAACCCAAAGUGUCCCAAAGUUUACAUAGAAAGAUAGGCAUACUUGAAAUAUUUUUCUGAACUACAGUUCCUGAAAAGGCUUUUGUGUAAUUUAAAUAUGUUCAGUUUAAAGGAUGGUCAAUGAUGGUAGGGAAGGGAGAGGAAAGACAAGGUAGAUAUGGUACAUCUUUAAGAUUGUCAUAUUUUUGCAUUGUAUUGCCAUGCUUAACAAACUUACAUAACACUAAUAGGUGCAAACUGAGGGUACAUUUAGCACUUUAUGCAGAACUGUAUAGUUUUGCACACUUACUGAUUUACAGCUGCACAUGUCAUUUUAAUGACUUCUUAGGUAGGUCAGACUUAUCUUUUGAAUGCCAGCAAAUCUUGUAUUUCAUGAUCUUAUUUUAAUUUAUCCUGAUUGCUUACGUACACUUAGGAUGCUGUAGAUAAUUGCUACUAACAAUAUUAUCAGGUGCCUUUCUGUAUAUUACAAGGCUGUCUGGUUUUUUGUCUGUGUGGGUGGGUUUUGUUUUGUUUUGUUUGUGUCUUUCCUUCUCCUUUACCUAGAGAUACGUUACAUGAUUUAGGUCAGUUUUUGGUUAAAACUGUGGUAAGUAAAACUAGCAGCAGUUCCAAUGAUAGACCUCAGGGAUCUGAUCAGCCCAUCAGUUGUGUAUUAGAAGUCAUGCUGACAUGAAGUCAUAUAUGAUAGAUAUUCAGGCCCUGGUUUGGUUUUACUUAGCAUUGCUUUAAGAAUGAAUAUAUGUAUAUAUUAGAACAUGUAUGUGUGUAUAUUUCAUAUAUAUGUGGAGUCUAAUAUUGGCUGUGUAGUACUUUUAUUACUAAAGUUAUUACUAAAAUAUUUACAUACAAAUAGCCCUUUCUAAAAGACUAGCUAAUUUAGACAGCCAUUCUAUAACCUAGAGUCCCACAGCAUAACUGUUCGCACAGAGAUUAAUUUUGGAAUGUCACUCAAGGCAGACACUUGUCAAAAUGACUUUUUGAGGUCCCCUUUGGUUCUACUUUCUGCAGUUCUGAAAAUUAGGCUGACAUAGUUUUCUGUUUGACUACAUUUCUACUGUGGAUUCAGGAGAAAACACUCACUUUUCAUAGAUAGCAUUUUAUUACUUGGCAUGGGGAGAGAUGGUGUUAGCUGUUCUUGAAGAGAAAAUGAUGUGUGACUCUUCUUAUCCUUGGAUCUUGGACUACAGCGCUUAAGCCUUUCCCCAGGUAUGACAGUCAUAUGCAAGUCUACUGCAGUGUUUUUAAGCAUAUGCCUACGGCUUGGGUCUGCCACUGUUCUUGUUUAUAUUACAGCUAUAGCAGGUUCACUGUUGGUACACAAUGGUGUGUUAAUAUAUACUGGCUUUUGAAGUAGUCUUCUGAGAACUUUGGGCCAGGGUUGGAGUUAACAUGGCUAAAAAUGCAGCUGCUCUGUAUUGGCAUUGUGUAACUUGCUGUUGUAGGCAUCUGUAAGCCUAGUGCAAAGCCUUGGUCGAAUAUAACAGUAAUGAUGGUGCAGUGCUUUUAGCAUCUACAAAGAAGCUAAAUGCUUUAUCAAGAAGUUGUAAUGGUCCGUGUCUGAUUAAAGGCCAAAGCCUGUAUUACUUGAGUCGAAGACGCAGUUUCAUACCAGAAGACAGGAAGGCUGCUCUCUGCAAAAUGAAUAUAGUGCAAAAAUCCUAUCCUCUAGCCAAAACUGCAAUUUGUGCAAAACUGCAAGCUUUUAUAAAGAGCUGUUGUCUGUGGGGAAGGCAGUGAUGAGAUGAAGUGGUUUAUCACUGGUGUCCCAGGAAUGUUUGUGCUUCUCAUCUGUUUCCCUGAAUGUAGGGAACGGCUGUCUGUGUGUUAAGGGACCUUAGAGGAAAUGGAGGCUUUUGUAUUGCAUCUCACCCCACUCUGAAAAUUAGACUGACCUGGGCCUUGUGUGGUAUCCCUUAACCCUUACUAUCCAGUUGAGUGUCCUCCUUGGGCACGUGUUGCCACGUUUUGCUUUAACUCAUCUUGUUUGUGUUAUUGGCAAGCAUGGCAGUGAAACUGUCAUCUUUCUACAAAUCAGACUCCUGCAUGAAUGACCAGGGUAAGCCCUUCUUUCAGGAUUACAGUUCCUGUUACAGGUUUGUGUCAGUCCUGUUUCGGGGCUCAUGUUCUUCUCACAUUUCCAGGACUAGAGAUCAUUUGAGUAUUUUAGGCUCUACCACACUCACGGUCAGAACAUUGCUCUGUGUGUCGUUAUGUACUUGAGGCUAUAACUUCUGGCAAACUUAACUUGCUAAUUAAAUAGUGACAAAGGUUAAAUAAACUCUUUUUUUUUCUGAACUAUGCAUGGAACUAGGAAAGCUGGCAGUAUUACUCAUAUCAUUGCUGUUUGCAUAUAAAUGUACAUGUGUUCUCUCAGAUACUGUCUUAAGUGAUAAAACGUCCGGUGUUUUCCUGGUGGGUUUUUUUUGGUCUAAUACCCUACUGUAAAAUUCUCUUGAUGGCUUGAUUUUGUUCUCUGAAUUCAUCCUGAAACUGGUUCACUAUAUUAUCUUAAGGUUUGGCUUUGUUUAUGUUUUCCCUUGUUGUUCGUUUUCAGCUGAUGCUUGGCAGGGCGCAAUGGCAUGAUUAACUUUCAUCCUAAUGAUCCUGUAUUUCUCUCUGCUUGUUGAAUUUAGUUUAGUUUGGUUUUUAAGUAUUACACGAUCUUUUAAACUUUGUGUAUAAGGAAUUUUCAGACUUUUUUGCCUUAGCUGCUAAAGUCUAGCUCUUGCCAGUAAACUUCUUGGAAAAAUGUUAAACAAAAAAUCAAAAUUUAACUUAACAUUCCUUUUGGUUUUCAAGUGUAAAAUGUAGUUCAUAUCAAAUUAUGUGAUCUUAUGAACAGAGCGUUUCCUGAGAAGUAACUGAUUGCCACUAACAGGACUGUUAAUAUAGUGAAAGAAGAACUUAGAGGGCAAAGGUGCUUUAAAAGAGAAUGUGUGUGCUUGUUAAAACAUAUGAAGGUUUUGAGCCUUUCCAAAACACAUCUGAACUAGCUCAGAUUUCUUAGCAAGAGCCUACUGCACAUGGUAAAAUACAGAUCUUGUGAUGAUGAUUAUAUCAAUGGCCUCAGUUGCAAGUAAGCUUUGGUCAGACUCUGAUUACAAGGUAAUUGCCAAUAUUAGCUAUGUGAUGUUAAUUGCUUUGUUACCUGAAAAUAACUGAAUAUUAUCCAAGAUACUUUUUUGCAAACUAAUUAUAAAAUGGACAGAAUAUAAUUUGGUUAAACAGACUGGUGGAGUAAAUGCUAGAUGCAUUUAGCAUGCUGUUCAUGACAAAAGAUGUGCUUUAUUUUUGGUGUGGCUUUUAUUAAUGGGAAGUUGGUCUUUUAAGUAUUUUUCUACAAAAAUGUGUAUGUGCAAAGGCGAUACUUUAACAUUUUUCAAGAACUCAUAUUUUUAAAUGCUACAGACCAGAGACUGUCUACAUUAAAGUUAGUAGCUUUACAAAAAUGCAAUGUAAGCUUUAAUUUUUAUAUUGUAAUAAUAACUUGCUGUCAACUUGUUUACAUAUUUGUAGGAGGGAAAGCUUCAUUAUGCAUUGACUUAUCUUGAUACUAUCUUUAAUAAAUGCUGUUUUGAGCAGGA